AUGAUUAUUUUUUACAGAUUCUUCAAUCUUGUCAUGAAUGUUGCCAUUGCUAGUUUACCCAGAAAUCGCUGUUCACCAAGUCUGAUAGCGUCGACCAUGCGUGAAAAAGACUCAUUCCCAAGAAAAAUGUUGGUGGCCACAGGAGGUCACAGUUCGCCUAAACAAGCCGCAAUAUAUCCUCUGUCCAUCAGGGUACCGCCUGGUGAUGAAAUGCCCUUUGAUUUAUCAAGAAAUACAAAAUCACCAGGACCACAUAUGUCUCCAGCUUGCAAUCCAGCUCAAUCUCAAGAAGGUGAAGAUCAACCUUUGGACCUGAGGGUUGAUCGUAAAAAAAUGUCGAUAGUUAUGGCUCGACGGCAGGUCGAAGAUGAGAACAGGAAUCUAGUGUCACCGUCUUUUAGUGUUAAUAGUGAAAAAGAUGAUGAAGGAAGGCAUAGUGUGACAGAUAAUAAGAACUUACCAAAGACUUUUAACCAACAACUGCCUAAUUACCCUAUCGUGUUUCCUCCUCAAAGUAUUCAUCCUAUGAUGUUAGAAGUUAUGUACAGAGCUCAAAAAGCCGAAAAUCUUCCUAGACUAUCGUUACCUUAUCCUACUUCUCCUACAAAUUUUACUGACGGAAGGCUAAUGCAGCCCACGCAAUCUCCAAAACAGUUACCAAACUUUCCCAUACCAUUUUCAAAAUGUCUCGACCAUAACAACACUUACCACGAAAAGGCUACCGCGCUCGAAAGGGACAAGAAAGAUUAUCUUUCUGAUAAAGACAACUUUUCUUCUGCUUCUUCUACCACAUCUGACAUCUCUAACAAAGAAGAAGAGUUUGAUUCCAAAAACAAAAUACCUGACGAAAGUAUAGACCAAGAUAUCGAAACUGCUAGUGAUAAUAAUAACAAUAAUACCUGAAACGAUUAGAAGUAAUAUGUAGGGAUCAUCGAAGUAUUACAUAAUUCUGGUUUUUAAACCAAGCUAUAUGGAAGUCAGAACUA